UUACCAUGUGCAGUGUUGCAAUGGGGAAAUCAACUCAAACCGGUGGGGCCACACAAAAUUUUUCCGAUUUGCUGGAGUUAUCGGCUUCGAAUGAUUUGAUCAGUUUUAGGAUUGCUAUUGAGGAAGAGGGUCAUGACAUUGAUGAGCCUAGCUUGUGGUACGGAAGAAGGAUAGGUACGAAGAAGAUGGGGUUUGAGGAACGGACGCCUCUUAUGAUUGCUUCGAUUUUCGGCUGCAAGGAUGUGGUAAAUUAUAUCAUCAAAAGCGGCCAAGUCGAUGUCAAUAGGGCUUGUGGUUCCGAUGGAGCCAGGGCUCUCCAUUGUGCUGCUGCCGGUGGUUCCUCUGGUUCACCUGAAAUUGUCAAAAUCCUGCUCCAUGCUUGUGCUGAUAUUAAUUCUGUUGAUGCUAACGGAAACCGGCCUGGUGAUUUGAUUGCUCCAGCUAGUUGCAACUCAGAUUGCAGCUCGAGGAAGAAGUUGUUGGAGGCUUUGUUGAAAAGUAAUGUCGAUGGAAGAGAGGGUUUCCCCUUCCGAGUAGGAAACGAGAUGGAUGUGUCGGAGGUGCAAGUAAAUUCGAUCCACCGAGUUUGGAAAGAUGGAAAUGAGAAGAAAGAGUAUCCCUAUGAUCUCACUCUUCCUGACAUUAAGAACGGGAUGUAUGGGACAGAUGAGUUUAGGAUGUACACUUUCAAGAUCCAACCUUGCUCGAGGGCUUAUUCUCAUGAUUGGACCGAGUGCCCUUUCGUUCAUCCUGGGGAGAAUGCAAGGAGGCGCGAUCCUAGGAAAUAUGCUUACAGCUGCGUCCCUUGCCCUGAAUACCGUAAGGGAUCUUGCAAGCAAGGUGAUAGUUGUGAGUAUGCACAUGGUAUUUUCGAGUCUUGGCUUCACCCUGCCCAAUAUCGAACUCGUCUAUGCAAAGAUGAGACUAACUGCAACAGGAGGGUUUGUUUCUUUGCACACAAGCCGGAAGAACUUCGUCCUUUGUAUGCUUCAACAGGUUCAGCAUUGCCUUCACCUAGAUCAUACUCAGGUUCCGGGAUCGAAUUUGGUUCAAUGAGCCCGCUUGCUCCAGCUUCUCCAUCUGUUAUAAAACCUUCAACAUCAACACCACCCUUGACUCCUACCGGGACUAAUUCUAUAGGCGGAUCGAUGUGGCCGAACCAGUCUAGCAUCGUACCUCCUACGUUGCAGCUUCCUUUCAGUAGGUUGAAAGCUGCACGUACUGCUCGGGGUAAGGAUUUAAACAUGGAUAAACUCAAUUUGGAAACUCACCGUCGCUUUCAGCAGCAGCAGCAACAGUUGGAACAAUCUCCGACCAGUUGGAACAAUCCCUUAUCCGGGGAAUUAAACAGGUUUGGAGGGGUGAAGUCGACUAGCCUUGACGAUAUUUUCGGAUCUUUAGAUAGUGCUAAGCCCCAGUUACAAGGACUUCCGCUCGAGGCUGCUUCACCUCAGCUACAGUCACCAACGGGAGUUCCGAAGUGGCAGAAUCUUAACCAGCAGCUCCGUGCUAGCUACCCAACGAACCUAGCAUCCUCUCCCAUAAUGAUGUCUCCAACCUUCGGGGUUGAAACAUCCGGGCCAACUGCAGCAUCAAGUUUAAGUUCAAAACGGAGCCCAAGCGUCAUCGAGCGUCCUGCUGGAAAUCGUAAUUCAGGGUUUUCUACGCCAGCAUCACCAGUUGGUGCAAUGCCUCCCAACCUUUCGGAUUGGGGUUCCGUCGAUGGCAAACUAGACUGGGGUAUACAGGGAGAAGAGCUAAAGAAACUAAGAAAAUCUGCAUCUCUUGUGUUCCUAAACAACGGCAGCAAUUUGUCGAAUACAACACGCUCACUAUCAUCAACUAGCGAAGAACCAGAAGCGUCUCGGGUCCAGCCUGACAUGAACGGGGGCACCCAUUCCGCUGGUCAGGUUAGACCUGAGGACCAGAAGCAGCAGAAAUGUCGUAACACUGGGAAUUCUGAUAUGCUCAUUGCCUGGAUGGAACAAUUAUACAAGGACCAAGACCAAAUAUUGAACUAAAACCGAAAACUAGCC